AUGACGGACAGACAAGGAAAGAUUGAGACGUUGACUGCGGCUGAAAUAAGAAAUAUACUAAAGACAAAAGGCCUGAGUAUAGGUGGAACGAAAGCAGAAUUUGUGGCACGACUAAAAGUGGCUGACCCCGAGGGAGAGUGGACGAGCGCGAUAAAUGUCGAUGAGUCGAAUCAAUCGCAAAACGACGUGGAGGACACCGGUGCAGCAUCUCAAAGUCAUCAACGAGAAAGACAGCUAAUGGCAGAGUUACGACGCGCUCAACAAGAGAUCGAAACUUUACGGCGUAUGCGUUCCUCCGAAUGCGACGGAGCCACAACGAGUCAAGUCGAACAAAGGGCAGACGAGCGUGCAGCAUCUCCAACGAUUACGACGAAGGUAAAUAUGACGACGAUCGCGGAUCUUUUGAGCUAUUUCGACGGAGACUCUGAGCGAUAUGAGACGUGGGAAAAUCAAGUCGUAUUCCUGAAAACGGCGUACCGAAUGGAGAGCAACAUGGUGAAGCUUCUCAUCGGUAUGAGGCUUAGAGGUAAGGCGCUUGAGUGGUUCCAUUCUAGCCCAGCGUAUAUACAAAUGACGGCGGACGAGUUGUUGGCGGAGUUGAGGGAUAUGUUUUACCUUCCCCCAAACCGAAUCAUGCUGCGACGGCGCUUUGAGGGACGCACCUGGCAGAAGAAUGAGACGUUUCGCGAUUACGUUCACCAAAAGAUUAUUUUGGCGAAUCGUAUCUCGAUUAAUGAAGAAGACGUUGUAGGUUAUGUCAUCGAAGGGAUCCCAGACGCACACUUACGAGACCUUGCGCGUGCGCACCGAUUUCCAUCCAAAGAGUCGUUGCUAUUGGCGUUCGAGCAAAUCACGUUGAAAGAUGGCAGUCACGUGACAACGGGCCAAAAGACGAAAUUCAACGACGAUCGGCGGAAAAACGACAAGCGCGAGCACACGAGCAAUGUGACGGGUGAGAAAAAAGAAAUGAAUGACGAUAAAAAAAGAGGUAUGAUAAAACGUUGUUUCAAUUGCGGUAGUCGGAAGCAUAUGAGUGUCGCAUGUCCUGAGAGAGAAAAAGGUUCAAAGUGUUUCGAAUGUAAUGAGUACGGUCAUGUAGCGUCUAAGUGUCCGAAAAAAAAUAAGGCGGAAGCGAAUUGUUUAAUGACGAAAACAAAAACGCGUAAACAAUUGAAGAACGUAAAAAUUAAUGAUGUACUUAUUCCAGCUGUUCUCGAUACGGGGAGUGAUCUAACGAUAAUGCGGGCCAAUCAGUACAUUAAGCUAGGCACACCGAGGUUGAUUUGUAAACAAACACCAUUUCGAGGUAUAGGCGAAGGCACAAAUAUGACUCUAAGGGAAUUUAACGCAAAAAUUACAGUCGAUGACCACACGUACGAUAUUUUGAUUCAAGUUGUCUCAGACGAUCUGUCGAGAAACGCGUUACUAAUCGGGCGAAAUUUCCUUGACGAAGUUGACUUACGCGUAAAACGAGGAAAGGCGACAAUUAUUCCGUGUAGCGAAAUAUUUGACAACGAUGUACCCGAAGUAUGUAAAAUUGAUGCGUUUGAUGAGUGCGAGAUAGAUCCAGUAGAUUUAUCUUCGAUAAACAACGAAAAAACGCGUAAAGUAGUACGAGGAAUGAUUAACGAAUACCGACCGAUAAAAACGCGUGAAGUAGAGGUCAAAAUGACGAUUUUGUUAAAAGACGAAGAGCCGGUUUAUCAGAGAGCCAGACGACUAAGCAGCGUUGAAAAAGACGAUGUAAACGCACAAAUAAACGAGUGGAUUCAGAGCGGUAUUGCAAAGUCAUCAGUAUUGGACUACGCGUCCCAUAGUGCUGGUAAAGAAGAAAGACGGGUCGAACCGAAUUUGCGUCGACUAUCGUGCGUAGUUCUUACAUACAUAGAUGAUGUUAUUAUUCCGGCGGCAGAUUGUGAGAGCGCAUUAAUGAAUUUACGACGAGUGUUGAGCGUAGCGAGUCAAACGGGGUUAGAAAUUAAUUGGAAAAAAUGUAAUUUCAUGCAACGAAAAGUCGAGUUUUUGGGGCAUGUUAUCGAAGAUGGACGCGUGCAGCCCUCACAGCGGAAGACAAAGGCUGUGCAAAAAUUUCCGAAACCUGAAAAUAUGCGUAAAGUCCAGAGUUUCCUCGGUUUAACUGGGUACUUUAGAAAGUUUAUACCCGGAUAUUCUCUCAUUGCGCGACCGUUGACGAAUUUGCUUAGGGCAAAUACGAAGUUCCGAUUCGAAAAGGAUCAGGUGAACGCUUUCGAGCGCUUGAAGGUCACGUUGAGCAAUAAACCUGUGUUAAGUUUGUAUCGUCUGAAAGCAGAGACAAAGCUGCACACCGAUGCGUCUAUGCACGGGUACGGCGCGAUAUUACUACAGCGCGAUAACAACGACAACUGUUUACACCCUGUAUUCUACGCGAGCGGAAAAACAACAGAUUUAGAAGAGCGAUACACGAGUUAUGAGUUAGAGGUGUUAGCUGUGGUCAAGGCGUUAGUCAAGUUCCGAGUUUAUCUGUUGGGUAUUGAAUUUAAGAUUGUGACGGACUGCAGAGCUUUUGCGCUUACGAUGAAUAAAAAAGACUUAUGUGUACGCGUGGCAAGGUGGGCGCUUCAGUUGGAGGAAUUCAACUACACGAUUGAGCAUCGUCCUGGCAGGAACAUGGCACACGUGGAUGCGUUGAGUCGCAAUCCUCUGCCGACGUGUUUGUUAGUGGACGAGGACGAAAGCGCUGUUACGGCAAAGUUGAGGAGAGCACAAGAAACAGACCCCGAAAUUAUGAGAGUAAUGUGGCUGGCCGAGCAAGGCAAAAUUGAGGGCUAUGCGAUUCGAGACGGUUUAUUAUUUAAAGACGAUGGAGUUGACGUCCGGUUGGUUGUUCCGAAAAGUAUGGCUUACCAGGUGAUACGACAAGCUCACGCAAGAGGUCAUUUUGCAGCAGGCAAGACGGAGGCGAUCGUGAAACGAGACUACUGGAUUGCGAAUCUUCGGGGAAAAACGGAGAAGGUCGUUUGCAACUGCAUUGAUUGUAUUUUGGCUGAGAAGAAGCAAGGACGACAAGAAGGAUUUUUAAACACAAUCGAUAAAGGCGAUGUACCAUUGGACACCUUUCACGUCGACCAUUUGGGUCCAUUGGCUUCAACAAAGAAGAAUUAUCGACACAUUUUUGUGGUGAUCGACAGUUUUACUAAAUUCACGUGGCUCUACACGACGAAAUCAACGAGCACCGCCGAGGUGAUCGAUAAGCUGCGUAAACAAUCGAUAAUAUUUGGCAACCCAAGACGCGUGGUCUCUGAUAGGGGAACUGCAUUCACAUCCAACGAUUUUAAGGAGUACUGUCAAAGAGAAAACAUUCAGCAUGUGUUAACGACGACUGGCAUCCCAAGAGCGAACGGACAGGUGGAGAGGGUAAAUCGCACCCUCAUUCCGUUGCUCACCAAGCUGUCCUCACCGAAAUCUGACGAAUGGUACAAACACCUGAGCAUUGCGCAACAAUACGUAAAUACGACGCCUAGUCGCAGCACAGGUACGACGCCUUUUCAGUUGUUAUUUGGAGUCCAAGCGAAGCUCCGAGACGAUCCUGAAAUACGGGGACUGCUCGAAGAAGAGUGGAUUACAGCGUUUCAAGAAAAGUGA